UUGUGUGUGUUUAUUUGGGGGGGGAGGAUCAAAUGUGUGUGUGGGUUGGUGCAUAGUGUGGGUUGCUUUACGAGUCAUCUUUUAAAACAAGUAAAACCCUUUUACACAUACACACAUAAACCCCUCUCCCCGGCCAGACGAUGGGUUAUGGACUUGGUUUGAUCUACCUCCAGGACAGUUCAGGGAAGAACACGAAAAGCAUGCGUGAAAAAAAGAAAAAACAGAAAACAGGUAAAAGGAACUCGGCAGUUGUUUCCGGUAUCCUCCAAAAAUUUUUGAACACUUACAAGCGGAACUGUGCUCAGAGUUUGUGCACCACAAGCCCAAAGCUGAGACAGGAUCUGCGCAGAUGCAUUGAGAAGGGAGCGAUCCUGACAAAGCUGAUAGUUGCACGUCCUGAGGUGUCUGAGGAUGAUUCACUUCCAGUUUCUCUCAAGCCAUUACUGAUGACCAUCCGAGAAGAGCGUUACAUGCACGGAAAAGAGCUAUGCGUCUGGGACGUUCCUCUGACCAACCAAGACAUAGCAGAAUUAGCAAUAAUUAUAGAGCUCCACGGACGAACUUCCUACCCGUUUUCCAAAGUGGAACUGAUGGAUUGCGGGAUCGAUGCUUGGUCAGUGGAAAGAUUUGGGAAAGCUGUCAAUUUCAGUGUGUUGAUUUGCAUUGUCCUGGACUAUAAUGAGAUUGCCAUUGAUGGACUCAGAGGUCUCUGUCAUGGUCUGGAAGGGAACACUCGCUUGUUAACACUGAGUAUGUGCUAUUGCAAUCUGGGACCUGCAAGUGGACCAUUACUGGGAAAUCUUGUCACCAAAACUGCCAUUAGAGAUGUGUUUCUGGAUGGCAAUGACUUGCAGUGUGAAGGAGCCAGCAAACUUAUUGAGCCCAUUGCACAGCAGGCAGGGACCGAGGCUCAAAGCAAAGUUAAUAAAGGAAAAAGGAGCAGGAAAGAGCUCCCAGAAGUCGCUUCCUGGGUAUCCAAGCUUCACCUGGCAGAUAAUGGCAUUGACGGAAGAGGAAAGGAUGGAAACAUAGCGCCAAUGCAAUUUACUCAAAUGGUGUGUCAGCUGAUCAGGUUUUCAAACCAUUUGACUGAAUUGGACUUGGAUGACAAUUGCCUAGGAGAGUUGUGUGGGAAAGAAUUACUGAAUGCCCUCAAGGAAAGAAAGGAAGCAAAAAUGCCAAGUUUGAAGAUCAAAGUUACGGCUCAGAUGAACGCAGACACUUUUAGCAAGAUCGUGAAAUGCAACAGAAAACUCAAGAAAGUCAAAAAGAAAAAGAAGCGAAAGAAAUGAAUAUGAAUGGAAGGAUGAAUCAAUUAAUCAGUAUCUCCCAGAUCACCUCUCCGGAUGCCUUUUUUAAAACCACGGUGGAAACAGAGCCCCAUCUCACUUAUAAAAGAUAUUGUUUCUGCUCCAAAAGAGAAACGUUGAGGAAGAGUUCCUGUUUGAAAGG